AUUGCAAGUGACGUUGUAUUUCUAACUAAAUUUUCACGUUUAAUUUUUUUUGUUAGAGAGUUCAGGGAUCUCUGCCGUGUAGUACAACGAGAGCUUCUCUGUUCUCUGGAGAAACACUGCUGACUGCUCAGCUACAGAAAGCACAAACCACUGUUAAAUACAGGAAGUGCUGAUAACCAACCGCCUCUCUUCCUUUCUCUGCGACAGAUUUUGGUGGAUGAAGUCUCGUUUCAGUCCCUUCGGCCUCUGACAGGUUUCCUCGCUGCUUCAGUUGAGGAGUUUAGAAAAUGCCUCCAUGAACAGCCAGCAGGAACUGCAGCAGCACUGAGAAAACGUCCUGCACACGUCUCCAAGCAGAAAAAAACAAGGACGAGUGAAUUUUGAAAGUCACAAAUCUCAACAGGAAGCACUGUUGCACCAGGAGGUUUGCACAAAGCUGCUGUCAUUGGGAAACUGUCUCUCCUCUUCUGUGCAGAUGGGAAGCUGCAGGGGCAUGGCCUCCUCUCCCCAGACAACCAGAUACGUCGACUGGUGUGUCUCUGCAGAGUCUCCAACACCUGUAACUCCAGCUCUGACAGCAACAGCCACUCCAGAAGAGGUUUCUCACCAAAACCAUCGGCCAGCUGGUUCAGGAUCAAUCCCACUUCUCCUUCUGUCACCACCAGAAGCCAGUGAAGGGGAAACAAACACAACAUUUUCCCAUCAACACCUACAGCCAACUUUCACAAAGUGGACGCAUCACGAGGCCUUCGCACCUUCCCCUCACUCCCAGUUGAACCCACACUCAAGCUCUGCUCUGCACAACAGUGACAAAGCCCCUAACAGUCACGCUGAUGAGGGUGAAGAUGAUGACAGUGAGGAAGGAAGAAAGGGGAACACUGUUCUGCAUCCAGAGGACGAAAGCUUCCUCCUUCCCAGGAGCAGCCCGGUCAUCUCCAGACACCACAGGCCGGUCUCCUGGCAUGGAGGGGGCAGCGACACGUCUGCUCCACCAAGCUUGGAGUCCCCAUCUGCUGCUUCUGGUUUGCUGUCUCUGGAUCAGUGUGGGAGCCUGACAGUCACCAGUUUGGACGAUCUGGGGUCCAAACCGAGCUCCUGUCACCGCCCAUCUCCGCUCCAGGAGGACAAGAAGCCGCGCUGUAUCUCUGUCUCAUCAAAUCUGAACCGCGUCCUGAGCGCUGGCCUCCACCUUCCCUUCAGUGAACAGCAGGGAUUGGCUGAGGCACACAGAGGGCGGGGCCUAACCAGCUGCGAUGCCCCUCACUCAUCAGGCCUCUCUACCUCACCACAACACAGCAAAGAGAAAAGGCGCAGCGGUAUCCCAGAAUUAUCUGCAGACAUCUUCAAGACCAGUUGUGAGCUGGAAAAGGAAAAUGCUCAUUUCAUUGUGGUGGACAUGGUGCUGGAGGUGCUGGAAGGUGUAAAGUGGACUCUGAGCUCUAAUCGAUGGACUUCCACGACGGACACACACCAACGCACACACUGCAACAUGUGCACGCGCAGACACACGAGCUCGGCAGAGGACUCACCGCCACACGAACACAAUCAGAGAUAUAAAGCAUGCAGACACACACACUGCUGCAGUGCAGGUGUGAACAAACACAGACGUUCAGAUAAAGACGUGAAGACAUCACAUAGAAACACACACUCUUCUUAUGUACACACACACCAACACACACAGGAUGAAGAAGAGGAGGAAGCAGGGAAUGACGAGGCUGAACAUCAACCAAAGACUUUCUCUGUCCUCUCCACUGACAGUGGAUUUGAAGACUGUGGAGUUGACACUAAGCUGACACCGAGAGAUUCUCUCAGAGAUGCAGAGUGGCUGGCCCAGCAGCUGGUGCUGGAGUUCAGAAGGAGCUGGCUUCCUUCCAACGGGCCUCGGCGUGAGCAAAGCCUCCGUAGCUCACUACAGGAGUUGCCAGGUACUGGAGGUGUGGCGGUGAGCAGCGGCAGCCUGGCAGAGGAGAUCAGACUGAGGACCAGGAUGAGAGGAUCCCUGAGCUGGGCACCACCCCGCUUCCAGAUCAUCUUCACUGUUCAGCCAACCCACAGACGCAGUGAAGUAGUGGCACUGCAACACUUCCUGUGUGCAGGCUGUGGGACAGAGGUGGAGCCCAAGUACAUCAAGAAACUGCGGUAUUGUGAAUACCUUGGCAGGUAUUUCUGUGACUGCUGCCACAGCGGCUCUGAGGCUGUGAUUCCCGGUCGACUUCUGUCCUGCUGGGACUUUGGCAGGUACCCUGUGAGUGAUUUCUCCAAACGGUUGCUGGAUUCAGUUUGUCAUCAGCCUCUGUUUGACCUGACCUGCGUUGGUAAGACACUCUACAGCAAAGUAAAAGAGCUGGACAAGUUCAGGGAGCUCCAGGAGCAGCUGCUGGGCAUCAAGAAGCUGCUGACAGCCUGCAGAUUAUCUGGAAGGGUGAUGACGGAGUUUGAACAGCUUCCUGCUCACCUGACGGAGCAACAACACCUCUUCUCCAUGGACGACCUCUUGAGGGUGAAGAAGGGUCAGCUCGUGGCGCAGGCCAAAGCGGUGCUGCACUCCGCUAUCGAUCAUGUGGAAAACUGCGAGUUGUGUCUGGCCCGAGGUUUCAUCUGUGAGUUCUGCCGAGAAAAAGACAUCAUCUUUCCUUUUCAGAGUGACGUAUGUAGGCGCUGUCCAGUGUGCAGGGCCUGCUUUCACAAACACUGUUUUGUGGAAAAGAAGUGUCCGAAAUGUGCACGGAUCCAAUCACGGAAAAAACAUCCAGAUAGAUCCAUGAAGUGACAUCUGAACAGCUGCAGCUCAGCACCAUGGUGGUUCGUUUAUCACCCUUUAUGUUUCAGCUACCUUUACCACAGUUUCACACAAAACAGUACAUAAAACACAUUACAUGAAAUGUAAAUUCAUUUCUAGACAUAUACUCAUAUACUCCUUAGUGCUUACCUCAAGCCACAAUAUACUUCUGUGCAAAACCAUUUCAAAUUGUCUGCUGUCUUUUUCUUGUUUUUGUUUUUUUGCAUUGAUGUAUGAAUGCGGGCUGUCUGUAUGGUGUUUCUCAGUGUGACUAACACUCAUCAUCAGCAUUAUCAGUCAAACUGGCAGUGGUGGAAAAAGUAGAAUACUGUUCAAGUAUUUAAAACAAUUAUUAGCAGUUUUUUACAAGUCUUUAUCACAAAGCUAUGAUAGCAUAAUGACUGGAAUAGGAAAAAACUUUCAACUCAGUCGUAAUAAGCUGAAGAAACAUUUGGUUUUGAUGGUCAUCAGUUAUCAGUCAUUGCGUGUCGAGCUGAGCCUAGUGAACUCAGUGUCCCGUCAGUCUCAAUCAUACUACCCGAGGAGAGGAGGGCAGAUUCAUUGGAAUAUAGCCAAAUUUUUGUUGGUGGAAAUUCCCCAAAUGGCACAAAAAGUAGCCCAUAUUAUCACAACCUGACCAAAACAAAUUUUACCCGCCCAAUUAAAUAAAAAGUAGCCCAAUCUGGCAACACUGGCCAUGUUAUUGUAGCCCCCAAGAGUACCUGGGACUCACUAUCCUACUUCUAGCAGUGCCAAAACUUAGUUCCAGAAAUUUUCUCCCAAAGUUCCUGCACUGCGUUGCACCAGCUAUAAAUAAGUUUGGGUGAAAGUCGACACUAGAGGCUUAGCAACUACUAGUUAGUUUGUAACUAAAUCAGCCACUAAAAUUGAUUGCACCACGAUUACUUGGGGCAUAACCUAACUAGUUUGGACGUAAAGUCAUAACUAAGGCAAGUGGCCAAUCAACAAUCAAAGAUUGUCGUCAUGGUUACCGGUCACAUUAGCUUUCUGGCUGGCAUGAGGCACUUGGCAUUGUAGCACAUCAUAGUAAGCUAGAUCGAUAUUGAAAUAUAUCAAUAAAUUAGGUCUCUACUGGAUUAUUGUGUUGCAAAAUGCUAAUUAAUGAUAAAAAUAUGCUGUGUGGCAGAAAAACUGCUGUUUUACCAUUAGUGACUAUAAUUCUGUGACAUUUUAUGAUUUACACCUACCCCAGGGGCAUGUGUAACUAUUUAGUUGUUCCUUGGAGUUAUGUUGUAACUUAUCUCUGUGGUGCAACCGCUUUUAUUGUAAUAAUGCAUAAAUCACAACUUAGUAAUAAUUUACACAUAGCUGGUGCAACAGGCUGCUGUGUAGUGGAAAAGGACUAUUAGUGAGUUUUGACCAUGAGAAAAACUGGUAUUGAAAGACAUGUUACUGAUAAUAAGCUGAAUUAGUGCUUUUCACACACAUACUUAUUGUAGCAUUCACAAAUUAGGUGCAUUGGAAAACUGAAUUAAAUUUAUUUAAGGUAAAUAAUAAUUGUAACCUAUUUUAAAAGAUUGUUUUUUUUUUUUCAGAAAAGGCAUAGUUCUACCUUACUUUGUCUUAAUGUCAAAGACCAAGAUCUAACAAUAUCUCGCAGUUGUUUUGAUAGUACCUGUUUUACAAAGAAUUUUCCUGAUGUAAUCAUCUUCCUUGUUCCUCUUUAUCUGCUUUAUCACCCCAUGUUGAACUGCGUGUUGUGUAAUAGACCAGUUUUUUCAAAUCUCAAACCUU